AAAUCGACAACUGUUGGAAUAAUUGAAAAAGUCAUAAUAAUUGAAACAUAUUCACUUUGGGUGUUGCGAAAGGAUCCAAAAUUAUCUCUCCCAAAAUCUAAACUACUUACUUUAGGUCGAGUAUUUUCUGAUAGUUCGUCGAUUUCCCUUCGUUUUCGUACAGAUAUAAAUAGAAAUUCUGAGCUAGACAACCAAAAAUACAGACAAACAUUUUCUUUGCGCACUCGCGAUAAAUGACGUCAAUUGACGUAAUGACAGCUGUCAGUGCGGAAAUGUUGAUUCAGAUUGAGCGAUAAUUAUGGUGUAAUAUCACCAUGACACAGUUAAAUUACCCCAAAUUGUAAGAAAUGCAAAUACAACACAAGUAACAGGGAGCAUAUGCGUAAAUAAAGAACGUAUGAAGAUGUUUUAACAAAAAAAAAAACUAAUAGUAUGGAUGGACCAAGACCUGAAACAUACCUGGAAGAACCAACCGGCGAACGAUGGGACCCACUUGGUGCUCCCAACGAUCAAGAAGAAGAAAAAUGCGGGGAUAAACUCGAACUUGAUUAUUGUGAUAACCAACUAACAUAUGAAAAAUUAAGAAACUUAGAGGAGGAACAAGAGUUACUUAAUUCAUCAUUAUUCGCACUAACUACACAUUUUGCCCAGGUCCAGUUCCGUUUACGCCAAGUCGUUAAUGCACCAACUGAAGAAAGAGAAGAGUUGCUUAAGUCUUUAGAGGAGUUCGCUUUUCGCGGAAUCCCUGAUAUUAGUCUAGUCAAAGAACGAAUGGAUGAGGCUAGUCUUGCUGAAGCAGUGCGUUUACGACGGUCUCAACAGAAAGAAUUGAUUGACCGUUUAAAGUCCCAAUUAAGAGAGUUAGAACAGUAUGCUUUUGAAAAUGGGGAAGCUGGAGUACCACAAGAUGUUGUUCUUGAGCGUCAGAGAGUCAUUCUAAAUGAAUUAAAAACACGAAUGAAUCUUGAAAUUGACGAGCGGAAUUAUCACCAGAUGACUUCAGCUGAUGUUAAGCAACAAAUAAAUAUUGCAUUGGAUCAACUCAUAAGUCCUCUCCGAGUUAAAGAACAUUUGGUGGCUCAGCUUAAAACACAAGUUGCCGAUUUGGAACGCUUUAUAAACUAUUUACAAAGUGACACAAAACAUGACAAAUGUUCAUGUGGAUGUGCUUAUCAUUCGUUGAAAAAACCGUACAAAUCAGACACUAUAGGUUUAAUCCAAAGAACUGCCACUUUAUUACAGAUGUUCGCUGUGCUUCAACUAGGAUGCGGUAGUCAUGCCUUUAGAAGAAACGAUCUUAAAAAUAGCAUGAAAAUUAAUCACUGGGGCGAUUUGAGGGCAAAGCUAGAAAUGGCAAUUUUUCGCAUACGCGAACUCUUAAACGAGGAACAAAAUUAUUUUCAAAAUGACUAUAAUAGUGACUCUGAAUCGGUCACAUACAACAGUCAGUUAACAACCACUGUACGAAAAUAUCUCGCUACAAGCAUACGAGAUUUGAUGCAACAUGGGGCAACCUCUUAUAUAAAUAAUUCAAGUCUUGUUCCUUUUAUUGGAUGCUUUCCUAGAAGAAAUUCGACGUCAAAUACUCACAUACAUGCGUGGGAAAUCAUUCUUGAGUAUUACCAUUUGAAAAAUGGUGAAAAGUUCAAUUCAACUCCAGCAAGAAAAUUGUCACAAAGUUUCAACUUGGAUAUUGCUGGUGCAUCUCCUACUAGCAAUAAACAUAAUAUGCUUUGUACGAUUGGGAAUAUCAUCUCAACACACACCCCAUACAAAAGGAGUUACGAUUCUCACUUUAAGGCAUUUGUUUGCGCGGCUCUAAACUCGAAUAAAUUGGUGUCUUGGUUGAGCCUAAUUUUCCAGUGCAACCAAAUUGUGAAAUUGCAUUAUUUUUCCUGGAGCUAUGUUGCAAAAACUGGGUUUCAAGACAGUCUAAAAAGUUUAGAUUCUUUGACUGGUUACAAGUUUGAUCUCCCGGUUGAUCUCGCUGUACGACAGUUUCAAAAUAUAAAAGACGUGUUUACUUAACUAUUUAAACCAGUCAUUUUUAAUGUUAUUGUACAUUUUCGUUAAGUAUUACUAAACUUAGAUCUUCACUUUGUUGAUUGCUGUGUCUAUAACUAUAAAUGUUAAAUUGUGUUUGCCGAUUUAAAUAAAUUAUUUGUCAGGU